UCGGCCAUGUGGUGGCGCUGUUCAGUUCAGAUGACACGUCGUGCUCGGGUUUCAGUAGCGGAGAAGCAGAGCUCUGUUUCCGGCCGCUGGAUGAAGCGCAACAGCAACAUCCACAAAUUCAUUUUAUACACGUGAAGGUGCGUGAUGUCAGGUCAGAAACGUUCCUGUGACCCCAGUGGCUCUGUUGCCCUCGGUGCUCCUCCAGAGAAGAAGAAGGGAGGUGAGGAUGGAGAGGGAAUGAGCACUGGAUCCGGUGGAAGCACUGCUGUAGAAACCGUCAUUAAACUGGGAGGAAGUUUAAACUUGGAGGAACAGGAUAUCAAAGCUCUGCAGAUUAAAAACAGAAAGUUGGGAGAGGCGCUAGACCAAAGAGGGGUGAUUGAGGAUGAAUUGAGAGAGAGAGUGGAGAGGUUGGAGACCCGUCAGGCGACAGAUGAUGCGAGUUUGCUGAUUCUUAACAGAUACUGGAACCAGUUUGACGAGAAUGUGCGGUUAAUAGCCCGCCGCUAUGACCAAUCAGGAAGUGAGCCUGUAGAAAGCCAACCACCUGAAGGGCGGAGUUUGAAACCAGGAACACCAGAACCAGAUGGAGACUCGAAUCCAGAUAGAGCAAAAGGUCAGGGUGAGGGGCCGAGCUCAUUUUUGGCCACACUGGCCAGCAGCAGCAGUGAGGAGAUGGAGGCGGAGCUACAGGAGCGGGCCGAGUCCAGCUGUAAGCAGGCCAGCCGUGUGAUUGAAAUCUACGAGAACCUGAAGAACACAGUAGAUCAGCUAAAGAAGGACAUGGAGUCUGGUGCAGACGGCUGUCUCUGGGAUGUCGCUGUCCGGCUUAACACCCUUCUGACCAAUGAGAAUGAACGUCUCCGUCAGCUGACAGAUGAUCUCCAGCAAAAGCACGGUCACAUGACCAGCGAGUCUGGUUCAUUGGGCCGUGCGGCAAACCGUGCUGAUAACAGAAUCAGUGAGCUGCAGGUUCUGAUAGAGGAGCUGCAGUGGGAUAUGGAGAAGUUCAGACGAAGGGAAAAUCGCCUUAACACACACCUUACAGAGGUGCUGGAGAGGGUAAACAGUAAAGGUUAUAAGGUGUGUGGUGAAGCAAGCAGUGUUUGUGGGACCAUCACUAUCAACAAAAGGAAGUUUGAGGAGAUGAACAGUGAGUUGGAGGAGAACAGGGAGCUGGCGGAGAAUCGGCUGAGUGAACUUCAGAAACUUCAGCAGGAUCUGCAGACGGUUUAUCAGGAGAACAACAACAUGAAGGUGGAGUUGUUGUCCAGGGCUGAGGAGGUUGCCAGAGAGAGCGCAGAGUAUCGCUGUCUGCAGUCUCAGUUCUCAGUGCUCUACAAUGAGUCUCUGGUGUUGAAAUCUCAGCUAGACGAGACCAAAGCACGACUCAAUACGACCAGGACCGCCCGUCUGCGCCAGCUGGACCACAUGGAGAAUGAUGAGGUGUCACUGCAGCGUAAAGUCCGUACUGAAGUGAUUCAGCUGGAGGACACCUUAGCUCAGGUGCGCAAGGAGUACGAGAUGCUGAGGAUCGAGUUUGAGCAAACACUAGCUGCUAAUGAACAAGCAGGCCCUAUAAACCGUGAAAUGCGACAUCUGAUCAGUACGCUGCAGACCCAUAACCAGCAGAUGAAAGGAGAAGUGGUUAAAUAUAAGCUUAGACUGAGAGAGGCUCAGCAAGAGCUCAACCAGCUCCGUGCCGCCAAAGGCAAUGCUGCUGUCCAAUCGCAGUCAAGUACGGAGCUGGAAGUAAAGGAAGAGAUCACCUCCCCAGUUACACCAGCCCAGUCAAGUGAUGUUACUAUCAAGACAGAGCCGGAUAGCGGCUCGGCUACACCCAGCACCACUGGUGUAACAGUUAAGACAGAACCGGGUACAGAAACCGAGACUGUGGUAAAAGAGGAGGAAAAGGAGAAAGAUAAGGAUAAGGAAAAAGAAAAGGAACACCGAGAAAGAGAGAGGAUGAACCGUGGUAGUACUGGAGGCGGAGCUGUGAAAGAAGAGAGAGAUAAAGCCAGCACCAGCAGCAGCCAAUCAGAAGACUUAGCGCCUGAACGCUGCGCUGUGAUUGGAGUCCCUAAACGAAAGGAGGUGGAGCAGUUGAAAAUAGUCAGGGUGGAGCUUAAGAAAGCCCAAGAGUCUCAGAGGGAGAUGAAGCUUUUGUUGGACAUGUACCGCUCUGCUCCAAAAGAACAGCGAGACAAAGUACAACUGAUGGCAGCGGAGAAGAAGACCAAGUCAGAGGCUGAGGAGCUCCGGCAGAGGGUUCGAGAGCUGGAGGAGAAGGAGAGGAGAGAAGGAAAGAAGAUGGCAGAUGAAGAGGCUCUGAGAAAGAUUCGUUCAGUAGAAGAGCAGAUCGAUAUUCUUAAUAAGAAAUUGUCCCUCGCUAAGCAGGAGGAGGAUGCGCUGCUGAGCGAGAUGGAUGUUACCGGUCAGGCGUUUGAGGACAUGCAAGAGCAAAACAUUCGUCUGAUGCAACAGCUCAGAGAGAAAGAUGAUGCCAACUUCAAACUCAUGAGUGAGCGAAUCAAAUCCAACCAAAUCCACAAACUUCUCAAGGAGGAGAAAGAGGAGCUAGCUGACCAGUUGCUUACACUAAAAACACAGGUUGAUGCUCAGUUGCAAGUUGUAAGAAAGCUAGAGGAGAAAGAGCGCCUGCUGCAGGGCACCAUCAGCGCUGCAGAAAGAGAGCUGGCCCUUCGCACACAAGCAUUAGAGAUGAACAAACGCAAGGCACAGGAUUCAGUGUUGCUAUCCGAGGACGUGCGAUCUCAGUUGGAAGGAGUGCAGCAGAGGUUGGGUGCUGUCAGAGAGGAGGUGGUCGAGAACAGUAUCUCCCGUGAGAAAGAGUCCUUCAAUGCUCGACGGGCACAGGAGGAUAUAUCCAAGCUACGCAGGAAAAUAGAGAAUGUGAAGAAACCUGCUGAGAAUAUUCGCAAUGGAGAUGAGAUCCUUAAUGAGGAAAUCAACGAUUACAAGGCCCGCUUGACGUGUCCAUGCUGCAAUUCACGCGUGAAAGACGCCGUUUUGACGAAGUGCUUUCACGUUUUUUGCUUCGAGUGUGUCAAGACGCGAUAUGACACCCGCCAAAGGAAAUGUCCGAAGUGCAAUGCCGCUUUCGGUGCCAAUGAUUUCCAUCGCAUCUACAUCGGAUAAGCUCGCCAUUCACAAUAUCCGAAUCCGAUUGGUCCAGUGCUUCAACAUGUUUUGUGGGUGGAGCUUGUCCAGUUAAUGAGCUCAGUUUUUAACAUUCCAUUUCAUUUGCUGUACACAAACCAACCAAAGUGUUCAUGUGGUAGAUUUGUAGACACGGGUUUAACCAAACUAACUUUUGGUUACAUUCCACAAGCUCAUUUCCACCAUCGUUUUACUCAUAAAAGCAAGCUGCUUGUUUAAACUGCCUAGACCUGAUCUCCCAUUCCACCAUUUCUACCCUCAAUAAAACUGAGCCAGUGUGAAUCUAA